AUGGAUAAAACCCUGUGUGAACAGUUUGAUACAUUAAGAAACUAUUUACCCGAUGACUUAGAAAACUAUGAAUCAGUCGAUUUUAAUCAAAAUAAGGAUAUUAAGUAUUACUGCUCUAAUGGAGAAUCAGAGGAUACAAAAUGUAAGACUGAUCUCGAUAAAAUAAAUGCUGGAUGCUUAUGGUUGUUUGAGCAAUUGUUUGUGAAAAAUGGAAAAAAUAUCAAUAUUGUUCAAUACAUUAUCAUAUGGUUAAGUUAUAAACUAAAUAAAAAGAAGUAUGAAGGAAUCACAAAUCUAAAUGAGUUUUAUACUAAAUAUAUAGAAAAUAAUAGGCAUUAUACUGAUUGUAAACAAGAUGGUAAAGAUUGUAGUAAGUCAUUAAAUGAUAGUAUAGGUUAUAAAAAUUAUAAGGAAAUCAUAAAUGUAAGAAAGGGAUUGUUGAGUACUAAUAUUGAAAAGAUUUCUAAAAUUUAUGAUGCAUUUAAAUCAUUAUGUAACUUGUAUAAUGAAAUUGGUGAUGACAAUAAAAAUUGCAAGAAUUAUUUGUAUGAUGAUAAUGAAUUUGUUAAAAAAUAUAAUGAACUUAAUAAAGAUUCUGGUAGCACUAAAGAUGACGCCUAUUGUCAAGUAUUGUCUACAUUAUCAAAUGAUUAUAAUAAUUUAAAAAUUUUUUGUGAUAGUAAUAACAUUGAUUGUAGCAAUAUUACAUUUCUUACAUCGACAAAAACAGAAGGAAAUGGUGUGCAAAGUUCUGAAGAGAGUUCUGGACCGAGUUCUGAAGUUACAUCAUCAAGUUCGUUGAUAACAAGCAAAUUAAUUCCAGUUUUAUUGAUACUUGGUGCAAUACCAAUUUUUUUGGGAAUUGCUUAUAAGUAUUCAUUAUUUGGAUUUCGGAAAAGAGUUCAAAAACAUUUAAGAGAAAAGCUAAAAAAAUAA